AUGCUGGGCUCAGGCGGGCCGACUCAAGACUGUUCCGUGGCGUGUGAGCUAAGUCGGACUUUAGUCAGGCGUCUCUUCGGCUUUUCCCUGCAUUGCGCACAGCUCUGGGUAUGGCGGCCUCAAGGCAGGACCCAGUCUUCGAGCUCUAGAGCUUCGCUGGAGCGUCCUCAGCGCUUUAUGAGGAAAUUGGCGCAAACCCCGCGGAGAAUCAUCUAGAAAGAGUAGAUCUAGCCAGCUGGUAACCAUGAGUGAAUGGACGAAGAAAAGCCCCUUAGAAUGGGAGGAUUACGUUUACAAAGAAGUGAGAGUGAUAGCCAGUGAGAAGGAGUAUAAAGGAUGGCUGCUAACCACAGACCCAGUCUCUGCCAAAAAUCAUCCACAUUUAAGACAGAUGGCCUAAUUCCUAAACACGUCAUGUGGAAGAAGUGGGAGCCAAGCUUUUAAUCCCAGCACUCAGGAGGCAGAGGCAGGACGGUCUCUGUCCUUUGAGACUAUCCUGGUCUACCCAUGGAGUUUCAAGCCAGGCAGGGCUACACAGUGUCUCAAAGGAAGGAAAGAAAGAAAACUGAAAAGCAUUGUCCUCGUGAACUUCCUUGAAGAUGGCAGACUAUGUGUGACUGGAAUUAUGGGACAUUCUGUGCAGACAGUGGAAACUGUAAGCGAAGGGGACCACAGAGUAAGAGAGAAGCUGAUGCAUCUGUUCACAUCUGCAGAUUGUAAAGGGUACAGCCCUGAGGAUCUGGAAAAGAAGAAAACCAGCCUAAAGAAAUGGCUUGAGAAGAACCACAUCCCUGUCACUGAAGAGGGAGACACACAAAGGACUCUCUGUGUGGCUGGGGUUCUUACUAUAGACCCACCAUAUGCUCCAGAAAAUUGCAGCAGCUCUAACGAGAUUAUUCUGUCCCGAAUUCAGGAUCUUAUUCAAGGCCAUCUUUCAGCUUCCCAGUGAGAGGCCGCACGAGGAGCACACUGACUUCACUGUUUGGUUCUGUAUUAAAUUCUUCCAGUGUAAGUUGAUUAUAUUACAAGACUUCAAAGCACAUGACUACUAUGUGUAUAUGCGCACAUUUUUUUUUUUCUUUUUCUUUUUUUUCGGAGCUGGGGACCGAACCCAGGGCCUUGCGUUUGCUAGGCAAGCGCUCUACCACUGAGCUAAAUCCCCAACCCCAUAUGCGUACAUUUUAAGUUUUUGUUUAGGUCAAAUCAGAGGAAGUGAAGGCACCAGAACAGUGUCCCUUGUCCUGAAAAGAACACAGGAGAGUCAAAUUUGGAAGGAGAUUUCCUUGCAUAUGAUUUAAGAUAAAUCACCCUAUUUGUGAGACAAGGGUGCAUUUUGAAUAGGUGUAACAAUGUGAAAUAAACUUGUAAAUUUCAAUAUAAGAUAUUAAAGUAAAAAUCAGUCUCA